AUGGCGUCUGGGUACGACUUGUCUGUGUCGACGUUCAGCCCGGAUGGGAAAGUGUUUCAAGUGGAGUAUGCGUGUAAGGCGGUUGGUAACGGUGCCUUGUCGGUUGCGGGUAUAUUUAAGGACGGUGUAGUGCUAGGUUCGGAGAAUUGGGUGCUCUCCCCAUUGGCGGCACCGCGGACGAGGUUAUUUAAACUGGCUGCACACGCGUGUGCAAUCGUUACGGGGUCGCUUCCGGACGGCAAAAACUUAAUUGACCAUUGUCGUGAGGAGUGCGCACAAUACCAACGGGUCUGGGGUGUCCCGAUCCCAGGCAGUAUCCUUGCCGACAGAGUUGGUGUCUACGUCCACGGCUUUACUGCUGUCUGGUCCACGCGGCCUGUCGGUGCCUCCUUAAUGAUCGCCGUACACGAACAACGGCAACGCCAACCGUUCGUCGGUGCAGGCGCGGCCGUCAUGGCCACCACCGACAAGGCUGUCGACCAACACGGAAUACUCGCCAAGGAACCUGAACAAGCUGACUGGUGUCUCUGGCUUAUCGACCCCACCGGUGCCGCCUAUAAAUAUAGAGGCAACUGCCAGGGCAAAGGCGCCGCCGGAGCGAAGACCGACCUCGAAAACAUAGACAUGCCCAACAUGACUGUCCGCCAGGGCGUCCAAGAAUUCGCUAAACUCUUACAUAAACACCACGAAGAUGUACGCCUCCCAAUCCCCUCCUCUCCCCUCGCCGUUCACGAGUACAUGUUGUACGGUCUGUGUGUGAACUCGCGAGAGAAGUCGAUGGUUCUGGAAAUGAUGGUGCUGCAGGACGGGAAGCCCGCUCGGGUGGAGACUAGCCAGUUGGCGGAGGCGGAGGCGGCGGCCAAGGCCUGGUUAGCGGAGGAGGCUGCCUAG